AUGAGUUUACUUUUCUCUGGUUUUUAUGAAAAUCAAUUGAUAUUCAGAGCUGGUUUCAAUAUCAACAUAUUAAUUAGAAAUGAAACUGGCCCAUGUUCCUUCCUCUUAUGGCUCUUCGAUCUUAAGACAUUAUCUUCAAGUGGGGCACAAUUCUUGAACGCACAAGAUAGAAACUUUUUGUUCUAUAUACUGAUAUAUAAAAGGUUUUGGAUCAUAAAGCAAAGAAAAAAAUGGACAGUGUUUGGUUUUGUUGAAUUUUUACUUUUAUUAUUUAAGAAUAAUUUAUUAAACAACCUCGAAGAACCUGUUCUUGCAAGAGAAGAGAGACUAAGACAAAGAAACUAA